AUGUUUCUCAUCUGGAUUUUCGUGCUUUGUGCUGUUCCAGACGCACUUUCUGGCAACUCCAUCUUUUGCCAAGACCCAGAGGCCAGCAACUCAGAUCACAUGAUUGAUUGCCUGGGUCUGCGCUUCACCUGGCUCCACUCUGUCUUUGAUAAUUUCCCCUCACUGCUGAAUUUUGCUCUGGAGCUACGGUGUGCGACGGGGCUUUGUCCACGCGACCUGGAAGAUUACGGCUGCUCCUGCAGAUACGUGGCUGCUGGAAAACAUGUGGAUCCAAUGGACCUCUGCUGUGAGACUCACAGACUGUGUUACCAGAAUGCUGCCCCCUGCAGGCAGGAGAUGCCUCUUCUCCCAAACAACUUCACCUGUUUAGCAGCAAACACCAGCUGUGAUGUGCUUAGCAGCACCGUGGAGGCCAGCGAAGCCUCCAGAGGAGCAGAUGUUCUCCUAGCAGGAAACGUUUCCGUGAGCUACGAGCUCUCCAACUCUUCUGUCCUGUCAGCAGCAGAGAUGGACCCUCUAAUGACCAGCAGAGUGGAUAACCAGAGUGACACCACAAGGUUGUACGAUGACCUCAUCACCCUGCCGUCGGGCUCACCCCCCCCCCUGACGCCUUUUGAGGAGUCUGAGGGAGGUGAAGGUGGCACAGAGGAAGAAGCGAGUUUCAUCUCUAAAGAUUUGAAUGAGGCUGUGACAGAGGAAGCACAAGAGCUGGAAGAGAUGAAUAAGGAUCAGACGACCCACAAUCCUUCAGCAAUCAGCACCGAUUCAGUUUUGCUCGUCCACGACAGAGAAAGACUAAGCGAAGCAGAAUCCGAGCUGACCAAACUCUCUCCUCUGAGCUAUGGAGAUGAAAAUAUGGAGACAUCUUCAACACCAGCUGGCAUCGCACCUUUCGAACAGACUACAACUCCCAGAAAGCUGACGACCACUGGUCUGGAGGAGUCAACCGAGGAAGGAUCCUCUGAUUCCAACAUGAUUCAGUCAAAUUUUAUUAGACUCUGGUCAGAAUCUAAAACUUCUUUUUAUUGUUGUUCUUCCUCAGACAAGAAUUUGCUCACUACUGCUGCACCUGCCAAAACAGUAACAACACAGUCAACGACGACGAUACAGGCUGUUGUCACAGCCAACGAGGUGAAGGGAAGCUCGACGCUACCCGCAAAGACAACAUCAGCCUCACGCACAGGUGGAGGAGUCCCCUUUACUUUUACACUAGCAACACCUCCAGCUUCAGAGGAAGGAGGAGAUCAAAGUUCAGAUGAGGAGAACAAAAGUUUUAUGAUGGCAACUGAAGCCACUUUCACAGAAGUUACUACCAAGGCGACAAAAAAUUCUUCGACAACAAGCUCACCCACAACUCCUGACACUUCAUGGACCGACAACUUCAGACUGCAGACACCUGCUGCUGUUGCUUUCAGUCGCCUGAGUCAAGGACAUGCAAUGCAACAGUCGACAACGUCAUCAAUGAGAAGCGUCUCAGAGGCAACACAAGGAAGCCAGCUCACCUCCAUCAAACCGGGAUCAGAGAUCAACACGUCCACCAGAGCCACGACAGCAGUAUCGUACACAACAACUGAGGCUGAAUCUAAAGAGGAGCUGCAGGAGAAAUCAGAAAAGACAGAAAAACCUCCAUGUGUGGAAGGAGAGCUGGCAGACAGCUCGCAGGAGAAAGACACAGAUGACUGGGAUGUGGCUCAGAAGAGGACGGUGCCGUUCUUCGCCUGGUCCCUGCUGGAGUCUGUUGGGUUGACGGACAUACAGCUACAGCCAGACAGCAAAGAAUGCAGUCGCUCCUUCACCCUGUAUGGCAGCGAUGGGCAAGCUAGACAGGAGAUGCCGGCUCUGGGGGAGAUGCUCCACUGCCUGACGGGACGUUGCCCCCAUGAGUAUGAGAUGUAUGGCUGCUACUGCGGACACGAGGGCGGGGGUCAACCUCUGGACCAGCUGGACAGGUGCUGCUUCUUUCAUCACUGCUGCCUGAAGCAGAUCAACGCCAUGGGCUGCAGGUCCGAGAGGAAGCUCAACGCUCAGAUCUCCUGUGAGAACGGGAAACCACGAUGUCAGGGCCUCACUGUAUGUGACAAGCUGCAGUGUGUGUGUGACAAAACGACUGCCGAGUGUAUGGCAGCGGCCCACUUUAACCACAGCCUGCCGCUGCUGCAGUGCCGCGGCCCCGGACCUCCCUGCCGCCGGGCCAGCAGACCCCCCAAAUCACGACUUACCCCUCAGUCCAGUGAGGAGAGUGAGGAGCCUCUAGGAGGAAGCUCUGAUGAUCAGAAGCCUGACAGCAUACAGGAAACAUCGACGGACACAAACACACCUCCGCCACGCCGAGUUCAGAGCAGUGAUGAAAGCUCCGACCUGACAGACGAAGAGAAGUCAAAUCCUCCUGCUGGACCGUCCGAGAGCUCCACGAGACCUGAUCCUCCUCCUCCUCAUCCUCCUCCUCCUCCACCUCCCCCUCCCCCCUCCAGUGAGGAGAGCAGAGAGUCAACCACACACAGCGGGAUUCAAACCCACAACGCUAGACCGAGUGCAGGGCAAAGACCAGCAGAAAGACCAGCAGGGAGACCAGCAGGGAGACCAGCAGAGAGACCAGCAGAGAGACCAGCAGGGAGACCGGGAGGGAGACCGGGAGGGCCCGGGGUGAGAGGUGAAGAGGAGGAGGGUGGAGAAGAGGAGGAAGAGGAGGAGGAGAAAGGAAACUAGAAGCGAAUGAAAAGCUUUUCAAAGGCAGCUUUGGGAUGUGAAGAAGUCAUUUUGGGGAUCAUUGAUAAGAUUAUGGUCAGAUCAUUUUGUUCCCAGUAACAGAAGUUGUAAUUUCUAGAAAUGAUCACAAAUCAGAAAUCAAAUGUUAACUUUGAUUUUCAGGUUUUCUUCACAGAUUUGUGAACUGCAGCAACUCUUUAGAGCACAUCAAGGGAAGAAGUGAACUUAUUAAAAACAUAUGAAUAAAAGCAAACGUGCGUCUGUUGCAUCUUCCUUCCAAAGAGAAGUGACAGUAAUAAAGACAUCAAAAGUCACCAGUGUUGAUAGAAACAUUUUAUUUUAGUCUUGAACAUUAAUCUCAACACACAAUAUACUAUCAGAUAGAGACUUUGUAAUAAAGCGCUGAGGCUCUGCUGCCACUGUGGUUGGAGGAAAUCCUUUAACUGCAUUUGAAAGACACAUUUGUUGGUUCCACAAAUUCUGUCGCUGGUGCCAGGUGAAAACAUUUGAAAAGUUGAUCCUAAUAAGUGAACUGAAGGAUUUUGGGACAUA